AUGGAAAAACAAAGCAUUGAAAGAUGGAUGCAAACUGUGUAUGGAAGGGCAGUCCCAAAACUUACAUUUGCUGUUAUCAAUACUGCAUCAAGACCAAGUCAACUUGAUUAUGGUAAAGGGCAACGAUUUGCAAAACAUGCAGCCACUGAGAAUGAAACUGUACAAGAACUUCAAAGACAAGAACAGAGGAGAAGUCUGCAAGCAAACACAAGGACUGGAAGGUCUGGCAGGUCCCCCUCCAUUUCUCCAGAUCGAAGCAGUGCGCCAUCAUCUCCUUAUUCUGUUCCACAAAUUGCUCCUCUUCCCAGCAGCACAUUAUGCCCAGUGUGUAACACAACAGAGCUCAACUUUUCACCUCAACAGCCCAAUUUCAAUACUUGUACGCAGUGCCAUUCUGUGGUAUGCAACCAGUGUGGAUUUAACCCGAAUCCUCAUCUAACUGAGGUAAAAGAAUGGCUGUGUUUAAACUGUCAGAUGCAGAGGGCUUUGGGAAUGGACAUGACUACAGCAACACGUUCAAAGAGCCAACAACAAAUCCACUCACCUUCAUCUUUAUCCCCCUCUCAUCAGCCCAAGCCAGAAACAAAACUACAAACCAAGACGGGUGUCGUAACAGAUGCAGAAAAGCAGUCUAAAAUUACAACAUCUGGAUUAGUGCAGAGUAGGGAUGUUUCUCAACCACACUCUGCUAUACAAAAAGUAAAGCCAGACACAAGCCAAACAGUACAACACAUGCAAGCCCAAAGUAGGCCUACUGCUGAGCAGAAACAGAUGAAGACUUCGCCUCAUCACCAACCAACUAAACCAACUGUUGCUGAACAGCAAAGAGGUGCUGAAGAUUCUCCUGCAAAAGGCCCGCUUGGACCUUCCCCUGCAGUGCAGGAUCAGUCACAAGAGGGUAUCACGGGGAAGCUCUUCGGCUUUGGUGCUUCCUUGCUUAACCAGGCUUCAACUCUUAUUUCAGUCCAGCCUGAGCAACCAGCAUCAACACAGUCAUCCCCUGCAAAGGUCACUCCAAAAAUAGUGUUUAGUGAUGCAAGUAAAGAAUCAGUGAUUAAAGAUCCGGGGCUUCCAUCAGCUGCCCCAGGAAAGGCUGGAACCACACCCUCUCACAUGCCAGGGAAACCAGCGCAGUCCAGUCUACCAAAGGAGAUAAGAAAACCGAAAGUCUGCUGCCCAUUGUGUAAGAUAGAGCUCAACGUAGGCUCUGUAGACCUUCCAAAUUAUAACUCCUGCACAGGGUGUGGAAUGCAAGUCUGCAACAUGUGUGGAUUCAACCCAACCCCUCACUUGGUGCAGGUGAAGGAAUGGCUGUGCUUGAACUGCCAGACCCAGAGGCUUCUUGCAGGAAGUUUAGGAGAUGCGCCACUUCCAGGAGCUGUGUCAUCUCCGAAAGCCCAGACAGCAGCAUCUCCACGACACCAAGUAGGUGUAAGCCCCCAGCACAAACAGCAGCAACAGCACCACCACCAACAGCAAGGAAUGGCCCAACAACAUGAAUUGUCACAUGGUCAGGAGUCACGUGUCUCAAAAUCUCAUAGUUCACAGUUUUCUCCUGCAAAGCAACCAGAGAGCAUAACACUCAGCAAGCUUCAAGGUCUGCAGAUGUAUGGAGAUUACAGAGAAGAGCAACAGCAGCAGAGUUCAAAGCAGACUGUGCAGCAACAGGCAAAACAUGGCUCACGACAUAUAAGUCAUGUUACUUCACAUGAGAAACCAACUGAGAUUAUUUCUGAAAUGGACAUCAAGCAGAUAUCUGAAACUGCCAAAACGCAGCAGCCAGAGGACACUGGUGGUAAACCUGUUGCACACGAUGUCUCUAAAAGUCCUCAAAGCACAAGUGAUACGGGUUAUUCUUCUGAUGGCAUCUCCAGCUCCCAGAGUGAGAUCACUGGUCUCCUAAACCAAGAGGAAGAAAAACAGAAUGAGAUGGGCCUUAAACAGCACAGCCCUCCAAGCCCCUCAGAGUUCACCAAACUAGAGAGCACUGUGCGGCCACUACUUGAGUCAAAAACGAUUUCUGCCGAUCAAGCCAGCACAGAAAAGAUGUUUCGUGACCCUCGGGAAGAGCACAGACAAAGGCAGAGGCCUCACUCCCUAUCAAUCACACCAGAAGCUUUUGAUUCUGAUGAGGAGCUAGAAGAUAUUCUAGAAGAAGAUGAAGACUCUCUAGAAUGGGAAAACCAAAGAGAUGCUAGAGAAAGUAUGGAAUCUUCAGAUGACUUUGGCUGCAAACUUCGGCAUGACUAUGUGGAAGAUAGCAGUGAGGGUGGAUUUUCUCCCUUACCAGGCAGGCAGAGGAGUACAGACCUAGUAAUUACUGAUGAAGAAUUUAUGAGAAGACAGCUCAUGGAGAUGAGUGCAGAUGAAGAUAAUGGUGAAGAUGAUGAUGCUGAAAUUUAUGACCGACCAAAACGCACUAGUAUGAAAAAGAGCCAUAAAGUUGAUUCAGAGAAAGCCAAAAGCAGCUCCAAACGGCACUUGCUUCACAGCUCUGGCAGUAUGUAUGCUGAAGAAACUAAAGAACUUGAAGAUGCCUAUAAAGCCAGUGAAGAGGAAGAGCUGUUAGCAUCACAAGGAGGAUUACGGCGUUUUAAGACAAUCGAAUUAAACAGUACAAAUGGGUAUAGUCGAGAAAUGGACCUUAGCAGUGAAGUUGAUCUUAGUCUUGACAGAGAACCUGAACUUGAAAUGGAAAGUUUAACAGGAUCACCAGAUGAAAGGUCAAGAGGUGAGUAUUCCUCGACCUUGCCAGCAACAACACCUAGUUACACAUCAGGUACAUCUCCAACAUCUCUCUCAUCUUUGGAAGAAGACAGUGAUAGCAGUCCAAGCCGCAGACAGAGGUUGGAAGAAGCUAAACAACAAAGAAAAGCAAGACAUCGAUCACAUGGUCCUCUAUUACCUACUAUUGAGGAUUCAUCCGAAGAAGAAGAGCUCCGGGAAGAAGAAGAACUUUUAAGGGAGCAAGAAAAAAUGAGAGAAGUAGAACAACAGCGCAUCAGAAGUACAGCUCGCAAAACUAAAAGGGAUAAAGAAGAACUGAGAGCUCAGAGAAGGAGAGAGCGAUCUAAAACCCCACCUAGUAAUCUUUCACCCAUUGAAGAUGCCUCUCCUACAGAGGAGCUGCGCCAAGCAGCAGAAAUGGAGGAACUGCACAGAUCUUCUUGUUCUGAAUAUUCCCCAUCUAUUGAUUCUGAAGCUGAAGGUUUUGACAUUAUCUCUUCAAAGCUAUACAAAUCUGGAAGUGAAUACAAUCUUCCAACAUUUAUGUCUCUAUAUUCUCCAACUGAAAAAGCAACUAACAAUGUUGGUUACUCAACAAGCAAGACUUUGAAAAGUGCAGAAGAAGUGUAUGAAGAAAUGAUGAAAAAAGCAGAAAUGCUACAGAAACACCAGAAGCAACCUGUCAAGCAGAGUAAAACUUAUGCUAAUAACUACCAGCAAGGUGACUACAGAAACCUUGGAAGUCAAAACAGUUUUGAAUAUCAUUAUAUCAAUGACUACAGUUAUAUUGGUAGUGAUACAGAGACUUCACAGAAUGCCUAUGAUGAAUUGUCUAAAUCAGAAGCUGUUUAUGAAGAAAUCCUACAGACAUCCCAGAAUAUUUCUAGAAUGCACCAGUCUUCAUCACUUGAUUUAGGUAUGCAACAAGAAGAUAAGAAAAUAGAUGGAAAAGGAACAUGUCAAGAAAAGCAGCAACUGCUGCAUGCUGAUAGUGCUUAUAAUGACCCAAUGAAACAAAGCAAUGCACUCCUGACACCUGGAACAAGUCCAACACAGAUAUCAGCUCCAGUUUCAUUUUCACCUUCAGAAUCAGGUACUGGGGCUAGGCCUAUUCCUGAUGUUAAGGUAACUCAACAUUUCACCAAAGACCGCGAAGAUCAGCAAAGUUUUUCAGCUAUGGACAGUAAAGGAUCAAAUGUUACCACCACAUCAGUUUAUGUUUCUACGACAUGCGUGUCAGAUUAUAGCAGGCAUUCAAUAAUCAGUGAACUUGAUAGUGCAGAGACAUCCAAAAAUAUACAGUUAACUUAUAAAUCGCAAGCAGAUGAUAUUCGAAUGGCAAAGAAAUCUACUGAAACAAAGGAAUCACCAACAACAGAUAAGGCAGAUAUUUCAUCAGAAGCAAGAAAAAAUGCUUCAUUUACAUCAAAGGUGUUUUCUUUUUUUAAGACCUCAGACCAGCCUCUUUCUCCAUCUUCAUCACCCACUCAAAGUCCAACUCAGACUUCCUCACAAGCAGAUAUGAUGAUACGCUCAGAAGAUGGAGACUUUUUUUCCUCAGAUUUUUCAACACAGACAUUUUUUUCAGAUGCUACAAGUACGAAAGUUAGUUCGGCUGCUGCUUCAAAGCAUGCACAAGGUACGCAAACAGUUCACAAAGCUACAUCUUCUCGUCUUACAAGGCAACAGUCAUCACAAGAUUCAACAUUCAUGGUGAUAACACUGGCAUCAGAUGCAAGUCAAAGCAAACCUUUAAAUGUAAAUGCUUCUGUUUCACCAGUAUCUUCACCAACUAGGUUAAGCCGUCAGCAGUCUCUUCAUAGCUAUGCCCAGCCUGAGAUUUCUAUAGCACAAACUCUGCAAGACCAAAUGUAUCCCACCUAUACAAAAGUUGGCUCACAAAGUGAAAGGAUAUCACUUUCUAGUACAGCUGUUCAGACUUCAGUUGCAAAAGUGCAUACAACAUCAACAACUAUUACAGCUGCUAGUGUUUACAGUCGAGGAACUCUGCCUAUGGAGCACAUAACUUUGUGCAGAAUUUCUUCAGUUCCUGGUACCUCUAGGGUGGAACCUGGUCCCAAACCAUCAAGCAGCAGUGCCAUUGACCUACGUACUGCCACAAAGCCUGCACCUAUAAUAAUUACUGACCAAGGAAUGGAUUUAACAUCUUUGGCUUCAGAAAGCCGACGAUAUUCUCUUGGUUCAGAUCAAAUGGGAGGCCGACAGUCUACUGCUAUCCAGCCUUUGAUCAUGAAUCUUAAUACACAGGAAAAAUCACAGAUGGUCAUAUGCACAUCAAGUACAGUCAGUAUAACAGUUGCUGCCUCCAUGUAUGUUUCUCAGCCAAAGCUGCCUGCAGUUUACGGGGAUCCUUUCCAGAGCAGAGUAGACUUAGGGCAAGCAGCAGGAAGUGCGGUAUGCUUACAUGCUAAACCGCCAACAUUUACAGUUCAGCAUCCAGCUAUAAAUGAGAACAUAAUUAAUACAAACAUGCCUGGUUCCAUGAUAAAACCCGAAGAUUCAUUUACACAGCAGCAGGCAUUUGCGAGAUAUAAUUUGCCUAAUCAAAUGCCGCAGAUGGUAAAAAAAGAUAUUGUAGUUACCCAAUCUAGUAAUGUACAGAAUAUUGUCAGUGGUAUUCCAAGACAAUUGCCUCAAGAUCAAGGAUUCAUUCCUACAGAUAUUUAUGGUGGCUCUGCUGUGGAACUUAGGACUCAGAAUCUUCCAGGUGGUAUUGGUGGUGUAAAACCCCAUACAAUGAUGGUUCAGUUAGAUAACAAUCAGGCUGGUACAGUUACAAAGCUGGUAAAACAAGAACAACCUAGCAAUGUUUUAGAUCUGACUGGAAUGAAAUCUGAUAGGCAGGUGGCAUGCUGCGACGUGGUAUACAAGUUUCCCUUUGGCAGCAGUUGCACAAGAGCUUUCAACCCACCACCUAAGAUGCCAGAAAAAGGUGUGGCAGAAACUGCACUUGCAAACAAACCAAUGCCAUCACAGUACUAUGGAACAGGAAUACAGGACUCGCUGGACAGCUAUCAUUACAGAGCUCAAUCAGCUACUAGCCAUGACUUGUAUAGGGAACAGAAAUCUUACUCUCAACCAUUUAUUGGAAGGCUGCACUCUUCCAUGUCAGAUAGUAACUUAGCAGAAGCUGGUCUGAGCUAUUUUCCCACAAGGAAUGAACUUCAGUUUCAACCACAUGGUGUUGACUCUGCAGUGGAUUUGACUACAGUCAAACAAACCUAUGGCAUUGCUUUUACUGAUGGGAGCUAUCUGGGACAUGGGAUGCAGUAUGGUUCAUUUACAGACCUUAGGACACCCUCUGAUCUAAUGAGUCAGCAGUUACCAAUGAGACGGUACAGUUCCUUAUCUAAUAUUCCUUCUGAUUAUAGCUAUUCAAGAAAAGGAGAUCUGUCAAGCUUUCAGGAGUCUAGCUUAGCCCACUACAGUGCAACGACAGCACGUGAAAUCAGUAGAAUGUGUGCAGCACUUAAUUCAAUGGACCAUUAUGGAGCAAGGCAUACUGGAAGUAAAGAUAUUCUACAGUAUGGACAAAACACUGGACCCACAGGAAACCUUGCAAUGCCUACUCAGCAAACUAUGACUUCUAUAAUUCAUAAUCCAAGUUAUCCUGAUGUCAGUCAUCCUGCACAAGGAGAGGGAUUUGGAAGUAUGCCACAGUACAACAUUGGUGGACCCAGGCAAGAAGCUGUUCAGUCCAUCUACCCAUCCACAGCAACAGUGAGAGCAGCAGAUGGCAUGAUUUAUUCAACUAUUAAUACUCCUAUAGCAUCAACCCUGCCAAUUACUACACAGCCAGCAUCUGUCUUACGUCCAUUGUUAAGAGGUAUCUACAGGCCAUAUGGAUUAGGUAGUGUCACAGCUGUACCAAUAGCAAGUUUGACUAGACUGCCUCUAGUUGCACCAAGAAUGCCACUUGCACCACAAAAUUUGUACCGCAGCACACCACCCCAGAGAUUUGUUUCUGCUCCUGCCAUAGCUACAGCUGAAGCACCUAUGUAUUUAGGGAAGUCCAGCACUACAGUUACAGCCACUAGUACAGACGUGACAGACACAGUUUCAACAAUGAAAGCUCCCCAGCCAUCAAGUCAUAAUAUAGUAAGUGUUCAAAGGUUAGAACAGGGCAGUGUCAAAAGUCAGGAUACACUUACUGCUGUGAAAUCAGUAGAACAGGUUAAUACAAGAGAGGUAAGCCAGACUUUACUUGAACAGCAAGCAGUUCAGCAGCAAACACAGCUGCAGCAACAGCAGCAACACCUGCAACAGCAACAGCUACAACAACAGCAGCAGCAACAAAUACAGCAACAGCAACAGCAAAUGCAACAACUGCAACAGCAGCAACAGCAGUUACAACAACAACACCUUCAGCAACAGCAUCAACAGCAGGUGCAGCAGCAGCAGCAGGAAACUCAGCAAAGCACUACUGUAAGCAGACAUAAUGCUGAGAAAGAAAAGGAGGAAGAACGUUUGAGAAAACAGCAAGAGCAACUACUCCAGCUUGAAAGAGAAAGAGUAGAGCUUGAAAAAAUAAGGCAAAUACGUUUACAGGAAGAGCUUGAGAGAGAACGGUUAGAGCUCCAGCGUCACAGAGAAAAGGAGCAGAUGUUAGUACAGAGGGAAAUACAGGAACUGCAGACCAUCAAGCAGCAGGUAUUGCAUCAGCAGCAGGAGGAGCGACAAACUCAACUGGCUCUCCAGAGGGAGCAGUUAGCUCAGCAACGUAUGCAGCUGGAACAAAUCCAGCAACUGCAGCAGCAGCUUCAGCAGCAACUUGAAGAACAGAAAAGGGCAAAGAUACCUGCUUUUCCUGCUAUUUCUGAUCAAGCUGUAAGGGCUUCUACACAAGUUCAACCAGAAAUGAGUGUGGAAGUUCAAAGAAAUGUUGCACAGAAUGGACAGUACUGGCCACCUAUUAAUCAGCAAUUUGUAGAAGGAAUUUCUGUAGCAGCUGUCAGUGUACAGGAAGCACAGGUGCAGCAGGCUUGCUAUGCUGGACCCCAGAGACCCCUUCCCAACUCUGCUUCUGAAAUGUCACUCAGAAGUCAAGAACACUGGGAAGGCAGGAGUAUGAAAAAAAGAAGUUCUAUGCCACGCCUGAGGGAUGCUUAUGAAGGCGAUGAUGGACGUCAACCAUAUGUGAAAAAGAUAGCAGAUAGUUGUGUCCAAACAGAUGAUGAGGAAACAGAAGACCGUUUUUAUGUGUCUCGUCGGAGGAGAAGCAGAAGGAGUGUUGACUGUAGUGUGCAGACUGAUGAUGAAGAUAAUGCAGACUGGGAACAACCUGUUCGUAGGCGCCGCACUAGGUUCACUAGACAUUCUGAUUCCAGCUCAGAACGCAAGCAUGACUCUUCCAAAGGAACAUCUAGUAUUGCCAUCCAAACAACUAGUGACUGCUCUGUACAGACAGAACCAGAUCAGCUACAGAGAGUAUCUCCAACUAUUCAGAUCAUUACUCCAGAUCCCAAAGUGGAAAUUAUCAAAUAUAUCUCGGCUCCAGAGAAGACACAAAAGGGAGAAAGCCUUGCUUGCCAAACAGAACCAGAGGGACAGUCCCAGGUGGUGGUUGUACCUCAGCUUACAGUACCAACAACAGUCCCACCUUAUGCUACUAACAUCCAAAUGGUGACUUCAGGUCCGCUAGACUCCACCAGUACCAGGCAAGGUACAAGUAAGUUUGAGAAGAAAAAGCCCGAUCCCCUGGAGAUAGGAUAUCAGUCCACUUUACCAACUGAGCCACUUUCACAGCUUACUAGGCAACCUCCAAAAUCUCCACAAGUUCUUUAUUCACCUGUGUCUCCUCUGUCACCUCACCGUCUACUGGAGACAUCCUUUUCUUCCAGUGAGCGACUAAAUAAGGCCCAUGUUACUCCACAGAAACACUUUGCUACAGAAUCACCUCAGCGCCAACAGACCUUACCUCGACCAAUUAAAACAAUGCAAAGAUCCAUGUCAGAUCCAAAACCAGUCAGUCCAACAUCGGAUGAGGCAACAAGAAGCAGGUACUCACUGUACCAACAGUCAGGAUUCCAAGCCACUCAGAUUUCAUCACUGCAGCAGAGUAGUCUUGUUCGAAAAGUGAAACGAACACUCCCUAGCCCACCACCAGAAGAAGUUCAUGCCCUUCUUUCCAGCCAAGCACAUACAAUGAUGUAUUCCCCUACCUUAUCUCAAAAAGCUGUAACCCAAUCCAUCCCCAUUACAAAGCCUGGCCUGUUGAAGGAGGUAGACAAAGAUCUUCAGAUGGUGGAUCAUGAAUCCAGUAAGCUCCGCAAGAAACAGGCAGAGCUCGAUGAGGAAGAAAAAGAAAUUGAUGCCAAGCUGCGAUAUCUAGAGAUGGGUAUCACUCAGAGGAAGGAAACAUUAAUAAAAGACAGAGAAAGAAGAGACUUUUCUUAUCUGAGAUGUCUUGGUGAAAAUAGAGAUUACAUGUCUGAUAGUGAACUCAAUAACUUAAGAUUGGCUGCCUUUGAUAGUAGUGGUCUUUUUGCUAGGCCUAAUACAACGCCAGUUAAUCAGUAUACUGAGUUUGCAGGUGUGCAGUACCCAUCUACUUCAUCCUAUAAUGCUUAUCAGUAUCCACCAGCACAACCACCCCCCCAGGGAACAUCAACAUACCAACAUGCAGGGUUUCAGCAGCCCCAUUAUCCAGUACCAAGCACUAGCCAAACACAGACUACCUUUCAGUCUCAUCAGCCCUCUUAUUCUUUGCAAACUACCUAUCAGUCACACGGAUUACCUCAGAGUACUACUUAUCAGCCAGAUCCUAGUACACAGAGUCAUACUGGUUACCAACCCUCAACUUUGUACCAAGCACCAACCACAUAUCAAAAUCAAAACUCUUUUCAGCCUGUUCAUAAUACAUCUUUCCAGCCUCAAAAUGACCUCCUUAGUUCCCAACAAAAACCCAGACAGACUUCACUUGCUGAUCUAGAGCAAAAGAUUACAACUAAUUAUGAGAUCAUUGGAAAUCCAACAGUUGUGGUGUCACUAGCACCUGCAGUGACUACUUUUAGUACUACUCCUGUAACAAGUAGUUAUAACCAACAAGCCACAACUGAAAUGAGAACAACUGAUAGGGGGAGCAAUGUAGAAGGUCCCUCAACUAGCUAUUCCUCUGAAAAUCUCUACACAAACCUUGAACAGAAUAUCCCUCGCAAUUAUGUCAUGAUUGAUGACAUUAGUGAGCUGACCAAAGAGAAUUCUCCUCCUGUGGAAAGCCAAAAGUUAGAACAGCAACCUCAGUCUAUGAAUGGGCGUCAUCCAAAGGAGAGAACUGAAGUGACAGAACAUACUAACUCUGUUCGUGUAAAUACUAACUCCUAUUCUAAAGUUGAGGAGGAAUCUGAAGAGGAUGUCUAUGACCAUCACAGGGGAAAAAGCAAUUACCACAGAGGUCCUGAUAAUGGAAGACUGAAAAGCAGCUCAGGGGGGUCAUCAUAUUACUACCCAGAAAAUGACUAUAAGUACUCAUCUCGGACAGACAGACAUGCAUCUAAUGUGGGGAUUCACAAGCAUUCAUCUAAAAGCUUGGCACCAGCUGUAGUGAGCUCCAAACGCAGCAAACACAGAAAGCAGGGCAUGGAGCAAAAGAUUUCCAAGUUUUCUCCAAUAGAGGAAGCAAAAGAUGUGGAAAAUGAUUUGGCAUCCUACACAAUUACCACAUCUGCAGGCAACAGCAAUGUUGUCUCCAGAGCAAAGAAGCUUCAAGAAGAAAUUACAUAUGGCUUGAAGAAAAAUGUUUAUGAACAGCAAAAGUACUAUGGAGUAACUAGCAGAGAUGAACUAGAGGAAGAUGACAGAAUUUACACCAGUGGAAGUAGAUCAAGGUCUUCUGGAUAUGGACUGGAGAAGCCAUCGAGUCGAGACUUGGUCAACAUGAGAAGCAAGUCUUAUGAGAGAGACAUCGCAGAAAGGUCCCAAAAGACGACUUCUAAAUCAUCAGCCCUUGGGAUGAGUCAGAAUCGAGGUCGAGCUCCAAUGCGAUCACAAACCUCAGAAGAGGAAAGCCCUCUUAGUCCUUUAGGUAAGCCAAUGGGCAUGUCUCGAUCAUCAAGUGGACAUCCUUCCCCCAUCCCUGUUGACAGCCGAGCUCAGUUUGGCUCAAGCCAUUCAUUGCCUGAUGUUCAGGAUCAUGUAAAAGAUGUGCCAAGAAGUCAUACAUACAAACAAGAUGAAGGUUACAACAUGGAUGACAUGCACUGUGCUGUUUCAGACAGUGAAGCCUAUCAUUUGGGGCAAGAGGAGACAGAUUGGUUUAGCAAGCCAAGAGAUGUCCGUGGUGAUCGUUCAAGACAUGGCAGUGGUCAUUCUGCUUCUUCACAAAGAAGGAACCAUAUCAAGCAUACUUACCAUGACUAUGAUGAGCCACCUGAUGAAGACCUCUGGCAGCAGGAUGAUUAUAGUCAGACACGUCAUUCUUCUUCUUCCUCUUCCAAAGAGCACAGGCAACAUGGAGAAUCAGGAAAGCAUUACUCCUCUUCAAGGCAUGCUUCAGAUGAGCAGUCUCGAAGAUCCUCCAAACCACAUUCAAGAGAUCAAACACGCCAUGAAUCUCGCCAGCCUUCUCAAAGAAAAUCUCAGCAAACAGAUCAAAGAACUCAGCAGUCUUAUUCUGGUAGUUCUACAGACUAUACACCACCUGCAACACAUCACCAUGCUUCAGAACCACAGAAGGCACAGAAACAGCCAGCAGCACAGCAGCAGCUUUCAUCUUCUAAGAAGUCAGAGCAGCCAUUGCAUCAGCAUCAGCAGCCCUCACAACGCCUUCAGCAAUCAGGACAACCACAGCAUGCAGCAAAACAUGAGCAGCCAGUAUCACAGCAACAGUCUUCAUCAAGGCAACAGCAGCCUGCACAGCAGUCAACAAGGCAGCAGCAACAACAACAGCAGCAACCAUUGUCAGGGCAACCAACACCUCCUCAACAACAGCAGCAACAUCAGCAACAACAACAACAACAACAAACAAGGUCAUCACAGCAACAGCAACAAGGGCAACCACCAUCACGUCAACAAGCACAGCAAUCUCAGCAGCAACCACUGCAGCAACCAUCACAGCAACAGCAGCCAGUAUCCCAGCAGCAACAACCAGCAUCACAGCAACAGCCAACAACACAGCCGCAGCAGCAAGCAGUGCUACAGCAACAGCAGCAACUGCAGUCAACUGUGCAACAGCAGACAGCUGUGCAGCAACAAUCUGUACCGCAACAGGCUCGUCAACCACAAGCGGGCAGUCAGCAACAAACUGUGCCAAAGGUACAACCGGUAGAAUCUUCUACAGCUGCAGCCAAACAACCUCAGCAGGUAAAGCCACUGCCAACACAAUCCCAGGGAGCGGCUACAACAGACUCUUGGUGUUGGAUUAAAGGGAAGGGAAAGUUUGAUAUUUCAUCUCAGAACACAUUUGGUGCUAAACUGGGACCAAAGCUGGCAGGAGCACCAACAGGUGGCCAGGCACCUGCAGAGGGUGAGAGCAUGUUCUCUAAGAUCCUUCCCGGUGCUGCAGCAGAACAAGCUGGCAAAAUAACAGAUGAAUCAGUUACAAAUGCAAUAGAGUUUCUUCAAAUGACAUUUCCAAGAUGUAUUUCUCUGUGUCUGCUUUUGGCAAGAAAUUUACUUCUUUCUGGUGAUGAGCUGUCGUAUGAUAAGUACACUUUUACCAGCUCUAGCACAAUCCUGCCCCUACCUUCUCAAUGUGAUGAUAACAUGGAGUUUCUCAAUGAGCUCAACACCUACUUCAGCAGGUUUGAGAAGAGAAACAAUACAACGGCAAUGAAACUGCCCACCAACCAAGAAGAUGAAGUGCUCCGCCUUCACCCAGCAGAUGUUCAAAGGGUGCUGCGAUCAGUAACCCCAAGAAAGGCAAUUGGUCCUGACAGUAUUCUGGGGUGGUUGCUCAGGAACUGUGCUGACCAAUUAACUACUGUUCUCACCGGCAUAUUCAACAUCUCUUUGCAUCAAGCCAUACCACCCAAGUGCUUCAUGAAUACAACCAUUAUACCACUGCCCAAGAAGUCUUCACCCUCAAGCCUGAAUGACUACCGACUAGCUUUCACCUCCACUGUAAUGAAGUGCUUUGAGAGAGUGGUUAAAGACUACUUAGCAUCAAGUCUUCCUGCAACACUGGACCCACUCCAAUUUGCUUAUAGAUCCAGUCGCUCUACAGCAUAUGCCAUCUCACUGACACUUCACUUAUUCCUGGCACACCUGGAGAACAAAAACUGCUCUGUCUGCAUGUUAUUUAUUGACUUCAGCUCAACCUUCCACACAGUCAUCCCCCAACAUCUGAUUGAGAAACUGGUCCAUCUGGGUGUUAGCACUCCUUUAUGCAACUGGAUUCUGGACUUUCUUAUUGACAGACGCCAAAAGGAACGUGACACACAUAAUGCGGAUGAAAGUGGGAGUGAUGCUGAAAAUGUAAUUGAUUUAGAUAAUUCCCUGUUAAACAUGUCUUUGUAUGAGAAUGAGCUCGUUGAUAUUCAUGCACUUGAUGAAGUGCAUGAAAAUGAAAGGGGUUUUGAAUUUAACACUGGUUAUGGAAGGUUGCCAGUGCCUAAAGUACCAUAUAAAAAAGCAGAUGGUGACGGUGGUUCUAUUUCUGUGGAUGAGAUCAGAGAGGGUGAGCAACAAGAUUUUGAGAAAUUUGUGGAGGACUUGAAUACUUCAGAAAAUGGCUUAACAUUUACCUAUGAGCUGAGUGCUACCAGCAUUACCCAUCUGGAUGUGGAAUUAUUACAGUGUGAUUUUGGGCCCAAUCACAUUAGAUCAGGUCGAGGGACUGUGGACCAACAAAUUACGGGUUUUGAGAAGGAAGUCACGAAGCUACGUAAGCUACAAGUGGAGAACAGUUAUCUUAAGGAAUGUGUUUGUCGGCAACAGAUUCCAAAGGGACUUAGAACUUGGAAAUUUCCCACAGGUACUGUUGCUGGUUCAGAAUUGCACAAGGAACUGCUUACUUUGUUUAACAAACACUGUUGCGAAUUACUUGAUGUUCUUAUUAGAGACAAUAACAAGAAAAUGAAUGCUUUAAAAAUUAAAAUAGAUGCCAUUAAUGAAGAUUUACACAACAAUUUGUUGUUCCAGACUAACGUUAAUGAAUACAAUGCUGUGUUAGUGAACACUGAUAAAGCUAUGGUUGUACUAAAAGUAAAAAAUUGGAAAGGGACAGGUUAG